UGGGUAUUUUACCCAUACUCAGUCAACCUCCUGAUCUCAGUCGUUACGAUCUUCUCAAGUUAUCCGUGAGUGGCUUCUAUAUCUUGCCCUUUGGUGCCUAAGCCUGCUUUUCAAUGGAGCGUUUUUUUCGCAUGCCGAUCAAUGGUUAUGCCCGGCGGCAACGCACGCGACAGCACUGCGCAAUCAAUGCCGAGUGUGUUUAUGGCCAAUUGACGCAGGAUCAUGGUGACCGCAGACUUAGAGCUGGCCGUUACGGCAUCAAUACCAUCUGUACAGUGUGAUCCAGACACCCGCUUAUCCACUUCUCAAUGAAACUAUUUACCUUAUCAUGGGAUGAUCCGCACGAAGCGCACUAGCAUGGGAACUUUAUAAGCGGCAGCUCCAUUAGCAUUGCGGUCCGCGGCUCGUCUUCAGGCGUCGUAUCAAGCCAUGGACUUCCUCUUUUCCGUCUUAGCGGCAACUCUCCUGAGCCUCACCUACGCAAUUGUCCGCUCGUUUAGAAGGAGGGCGGUGGGGGACCUGCCAGGUCCGAAGCCGGAAUCAUUCCUGAUGGGCAAUCUUGACGAUAUACACCGAAAUCAGGCUGGAGAGGCAGAUUUCCGGUGGCAGGAGCAAUAUGGAGGCAUUGCUCGCAUUAAGGCACCGUUCGGCGAAGAUAUGCUGUGGAUUUCGGAUCCGAGAGCGCUACAGUACAUCUACCAAACUUCAGGCUACAGCUUUCCCAAGCAACCGGAACGUCGUGCACUUUCUCGACUACUAGGUGACCAUGGACUGACCUGGGCAGAUGGAGACACUCACAAGCGCCAGAGGAAGGUGAUGCUGCCUGCAUUCGGAUCGCCUGAGUCAAAGGCUCUUCUCCCGGUAUUUCAACAGUACGCGGAACGAGUGAUGCUGAAGUGGAAAGACGUUCUGGAUGAUUGCCCAGAUCACACUGCUGUCGUUAACAUCAUUAAGGACAUUGCACCCGCGACACUGGAUGCCAUAGGACAAGCCGCAUUCGAUUACAAACUGGGAUGUAUGGAUGAUACAGAGAGCGAAUUGGCUCGCGGUUUCCGAAAUUUGAUUGCAGACGUCCUGUGCCGCCCGUCAAAGAUGAAGGUUUUCUGCACAAGUAUGGCCCGUUUUAUCCCCAUGCGAUUAAGCGAGAUAUUAUAUGAUCACCUUCCCGGAAAGGGCCUCGACAAGGCUCGCGAAAACAAGCAGGCCGCACACAACGUAGCGCAUCAGCUACUGGAAAUGAAGUCGGAUGCGCUGUUGCUUGGCAAGGGCAAUCGUGAUAUCAUGAGCAUCCUAGUGAAAGCGAAUGCCUCCGAAAACGAGAAAACCAGGCUUACUCAUGAAGAGAUGAUAUCACAAAUGAGAACAAUUCUUCUCGCUGGACAAGAGACUACAUCCAACACUCUCAGCUUUGGUCUGUACGAACUGGCCAAGCAUCCGCAUUACCAGGCUCGCCUUCGCGCAGAAAUCAGAGAGACAGAGCGGUCCAUCCGCGAACGUGGGGAUGCUACGUUCUCCCCUUCGGAUUUGGACAGCAUGCCAUAUCUCCAGGCUGUCGUGAGAGAGAUCCUACGAUUUGAUCCGGUCGUUCCACACAACUUUAGGAUGGCGGCAAAAGACGACGUUCUCCCGCUCUCGAAACCUAUCCGAACGCUCUCUGGCAGAGUGGUUGGAGAAGUUCCCAUUCCUAAGGGCAUUCGGCUUGUGCUGAGCAUUGCUGCUUACAAUCGAGAUAAGGAGGUCUGGGGAGCAGAUGCUCACACCUUCAAUCCGGAGCGAUUAUUGGACUUUAGUGGCAAGCGAGGACCCACCGUUGGCGUGUUCGCAAACAUUGCUGCGGCAUAUUAUAGACUGACGUUCUCUGGCGGCAUCAGAGCGUGCAUAGGCUGGCGAUUCGCUGUUUAUGAAUUGCAAUCGUUCCUCGUUCACCUCAUUUCCAACUUCGAAUUUUCACUGACGGAAGAGGUGAAGCACUUGCGAAGAGAAAAUGCAUUGGUGAUGAUUCCCACCCUGGAGGGCGAAGAAGGCAAAGGCCCACAGCUGCCACUGAACGUUUCACUAGCGCCAAGAGACUGAGGAUCGUCAUGCGUCUUUCGUUGGGACAAAUUGUACGUACAGACAGGAGCGAUACCUUGCAACUUACAUAAAAGACAUAUCCUUUCCUCGUUAUGAAUUUCUUACAAUGAGCGGUGAUGCGCCCCGAUAUAUGCGGACCCAUAUCGCAGGCCUAGUGAUCGUCGAUCCCGAUAAAUUAGGAAGUUCUGUAAACGUCGCGCCACCAAUGAAUAUUCGACAAGCAACAUUGAAUACGUGGUUAAGGAUGUCCGAUAAGGUUAGCAUAGUA